UCGUUGACCCAGCACAGCCUGGUCAAAAUCACAGUUCAUCCCGCCCGCCACCGUCGAAACUGUCGUAGUAUGUAAACAAAACCGUUUAUCAGCAAGCGUACAAGCGGAGGCAUUGUGUGAUGUGGCGCCACGAAAACCCUUCAAGCGGGGUUGGUUUACGUUGUGAUAAACUGUGCAAAAUAUGCUACCCUAGCUCUGCUCCGUUGGGCAGCGAAGGGUUUGUUGUGAAUCAUCGCAAAGGUCAUUUGCAGGUGAAUUUCAAUGCUGGAAGUUGUGUGCUCAGUGCUGGUGAUUAACACGUGUCCUCCUCUUCGAGGAUGCUAGUUUUUGAUUCGUUCUAUUUUUGGCAAUUUCGACCGCAACAACCCGUCUGUGAAUAAGUGAUACUGGCGCUGCGACAACUACAUGCACACAUACCGUAGUGAAAUGUCAAACAGUGAGCGACUUCUGUUUUCGCUUCGUGAAUGUAGUGUGAUGAACUCGUGUGUUCAUUUUUUGCGUGAAAUGAGCGCCUGCAGCAGGGGAGUUCAUUGAUGGAAGGAAGUUUCAAAUUGCAUAAAAGUAGUCUAGGUCAGGGUCAGCCAAGGAAUCCAUUGACCCAAGGAAACAUUGCGGCUUGUUAUUCAUAUUUAAUGUUGAAUUCUGUCUCCUGGGACGUAUCAAGAUGAAAUUGCGGACAAGGCCAUUAAGCUUACGGCUCGCGAGCGGCGCUUCAUCAAGUUCGCCUCGGUCGAGUUCGAUGGGCAGAUCUACAUGACACCUCAAGACUUUCUGGAGUCGGUUGUCGAGCAGGAGCCACGCCCCCGCCUCAAGAGGAAGUCAUUAACGCAGGCCGAGAUCCAGCAGCUAAAAGACUACACGCCACCUCUGAAGCACGGCUCGUCGCAGCUUUUCCGCAGUCUGCGUGACAAAGGCAUCAUAUCCUACACGGAAUAUCUAUUCCUUCUCUCCGUACUUACGAAACCGCACUCCGGAUUUCGCAUAGCCUUCAACAUGUUCGAUACGGACGGGAAUCAGCGUGUCGAUAAGGAUGAAUUUCUCGUGAUUCGUCAACUGCUCGGAGGAUCGCUGAAGGAUCGAGACCUUGACGAAGGCACGCGUAAAGCACUGCUACAUCUCGUGUCGACAAGUGCACAAGCGAAAUUUUUACUCAAAAACUAUCGCGAGCAAAAACCGAAAGCAUCGAUCGGUGAGCAGCAGCAGCGGCAGCAGAACCUUAGCAGUCCCGCAGGAUCCUCCGCUGAGGACGCUAGCGACGCCAAUCCACCAGCCAAGGGUAGAAUAAAGCGAUUAAUGGAGAAAAUUUUCAGCUUCGCCUGGAAGGGAAAACGGGGCAUCGAAAGCAAGGAAGGCGAAGAACCGGGCGAACAUGACGAUUACGUGGACGAUGAGCAAGGCCUACAGAGGAAGCACAAGGUAGACACGACGCUGCAGGUGCACUUUUUCGGCAAAAAAGGUGACAAAGAUUUGCAGUACGAUGGGUUUUACAACUUCAUGAAAAACCUCCAGACCGAGGUGCUCGAGCUGGAGUUUUGCGAGUUCUCUAAAGGCCACGAGCGUAUCUCGGAGGUGGAUUUUGCGAAGAUUCUGCUCCGCUACACGUAUCUGGACACGGACGAGUACGACAACUACCUGGACCGUCUGCUGGACACAGAGGCCAAAGAGAAGGGCGUAUCGUUCGACGAUUUCCGUCAGUUCUGCCAGUUUCUGAACAAUUUGGACGAUUUCUCGAUCGCCAUGCGCAUGUACACACUGGCCGAUCAGCCGAUUUCGAAAGACGAGUUUUCACGUGCGGUCAAAAUCUGUACCGGUUCCCAGCUGAACUCGCACCUCAUCGACACCGUGUUUGCGAUCUUCGACGAGGACGGCGACGGGCUGCUUUCGUACAAAGAGUUUAUCGCGAUCAUGAAGGAUCGCGUCCACCGAGGAUUCAAAUCCAACGUAAAGUCGGAAGGCUGGGAAGCAUUCAAACACUGCUUGAAGCAAGAAAUGAAGCAAAACGUUUAAAAAGAUGCUCCUUCAGAAGUUCUCUCUUACUCUCUGAUCCACGUGGUCUCUUUAAAACUAAACCUACUAAUCGUUUUUAUCCGCCAGCAUCUGAUUACUAAAAAACACAUCAGCAACUAUCAGCGGUGUCUCUAAGUUAAACCCAGUUAAACUAAGGGUUUUAAGAGCCUCUCGGCAUUUAAAUUGGAGCAAAUUGAGUGCCAUCCGAUCUCUUCCUGCUGCUACAGCACGCGAUCGACCAAAUCGUGAACACUUACGUGCAACUUGUUACUUAGCGAAAAAGCCAAUUGUUUCUUCUAGUUAGUUGAAAGCUCAAGAUUGUUUAACUGUUAAUUGUUGCGAGUGUGACUAGCAAAAUUGUUUGUAUUCAAAAGGCUAUUUUAAUUCUUUUGUUCUAAAGGCUUGAGAGAUUGUUUAGCAGUUCGCAAAGGUUUAGUGCUUUAAAAGCAACCGCUUUUGCGAUGUUAGUUAAUCGUGGAUCACCGCACGGAAAUUAAUGUUUAUAUUGUUAGUGAAUUGUGUAAUCCCAAGUCCGAAGUAUUUAUUUCAUUAGCCACCAGAUUCUUCGAAAGUCCAAAGUGCUCAUACUUACGUCUUGCCUGCCUGUCCCUUUCAAUAACACGAUAACAUGAAGGCAAAGGCAUGUGUUUAUUCGAACUAUCGUGCCCCAUAAUUUUAUUGUCGCGUUAAAAAGUAGAAUCAUACAAAAUGGAAAGUAUUAUCUGAAUUCAGCCGAGGACGCCUCGAUGAAGCACGCAAAAUAUCCAACCGAAUGUUUGCAAUUGUUUGUCAUCGUAGGAGAUAGGUUGCGAUCGGCCGGAAAUUGCAUGUUGACGUCAUGGCACAAAUAAGCUAAAUAUCACGCUACACCACCCCAUUCUCGAGCCAUUUGUUGAUCGUUUUGUAUUUUACUGAAAUACCAAAAAGCCAAUUUGA